UUCAGAGCAAGAGCUGAACUGAACAUCAGUGAAGAAUGAAGGGUUUGUUAUGUAUCCUGCUGCUCCUGGAAACCUUUGUGUUUGUGAUACAGCAGCAGGUAGAUGGAGGACACGGUGAGAAUGAGAUCAGAAGACAGAAUCCACUUCAAACAGAUCCUCAGAGAGAUGAAGCUUCAGCUUACAGCCAACAAUACUGCCAUGAGAGCUUGUCUGACAUCCACGCAGCACUAAGAGACCUGACCGCCACCGUUACAGAGCAGAAAGCCAACAUCAGAGUCUUAGAGAUGCAACUGAAGGAGCAACAGACAUUCAUCCUAGAAGAGCUAAACAAGAAAAAUGAUGAGAUUUCAAACCUAACUCAGAGUCAAGUGGAGGAGCUGCGAAAGGAAAAUAGAGACCGAGAGAUAGCGUUUUCAGCUGCACUGAUGCAGUCUGGCAGUGGAUAUAUUGGUCCUUUUACCACUGAAAUCACACUUACCUACAGGAAGGUCUUCACAAACAUCGGGAAUGCCUACAACCCAACUACAGGAAUUUUCACAGCCCCACUGAAAGGAGCGUACAGGUUUAAAAUCUCUGUCUUUGGUCAUGGAAAUCCUUCAAGUCCAUCAUAUGCCUCCAUUAUGAAGAAUGGAGAGAAAAUGGUUAUGGCCUAUGGUCGUCAGGAACAGCGCGAAGUAAACUCCUCAAAUGGAGUUGUUUUGAUCCUUGAGGUUGGAGAUGUCAUCUUUGUGAGACUUUGGACUAACAGCAGGAUUUAUGAUAAUGAAAAUAAUCACAACACUUUCAGUGGUUACCUACUGUUUCCUUUAAGAGAACAAGAGCUUUGCAGAAUGUGAUUCCAGGAAAUCUGGACCUUUAGCCUAUGAUUUAACCCCUUACUAGUAACCCCCCUUUUUUGGCAUGUAGACCGAAAUGACAUACCCAAAAUAAAAAGGUUUCUGCUCAUGAUUCUUUCUGACUAGAUACAUAAUCAAUCUUUGUUCACAAAGCUGACACUUUAAAGUUUACUGUUCAGGAAUCAGAAUCACUCAGACUGUUAUGAUAAUAGAGAUAUAUAAGCUCAAACGUAAAAACAAAAAUAAAAAUAUUAAAAACAUAUGUUUUAAAUGUAUUUUAAAAAUUGUUGAUGUAGGAAAUGAGUUUGAAAACACAGUGUAGCUAAGGCCACAAGUCUUCCAAAACUUCAUAAAUUUCAUAAUCGAAUCUGUAAAACUGUGAAUUUUAUGAAAUAUUUUCUAAGGCCAUGUCAUGUGUGUUUUUAGAGAAGGCUAAUCAGAUUGAUUUAUGGCCCUUGUCAUCUCUGUAAGAUCUCACAUGUAAACA